AGGCCCAAAUCCAACAGUAGUGUAUUGUAUAAGAUUUGUCUCGUAAAACUACUCAAUGAAAUGAGCUCCGGCCGAAUAAACAGUUAAACACCUGAUCACCGUCAGAGUUGGACGACGAGUUCAAAUUGAUUGUUCCGAUAAGAGAGUAGAUCUAAUGGGUGAUGUCUCGGGGAUGAAUGUCUUACUACAAGAAAUGAUAGAAGAAAUUGUCUCGCAUACUAGCCCUGUGGAUGUGUGUGGGACGCUAUCAUUUGUGUCCACAAAGUUCCGCUCAGCCGCAAAAUCGGACCAUGUUUGGGAGAGAUUUCUGCCGGCUGACCUCAUCUCCCGGCGGGCAAAGCCAAGCAAGUUGCAUUUUGAGUAUAAUGUUGAGGAUUGCUGGGCAAAGAUUGAUUCAGAUACUCUACAGGCUUUUCCUACCAAGAAGGAUUUGUACCUGUUUCUUUCAGACCAUCCUUUAACCAUUGAUGACGGUGCUGUGUACUUCUGGUUAGACAGGCCUAGCGGGAGCAAGUGUUUUCGUCUAUCACCCGAGAAGUUGUCGAUACCUGAGCCAGAUGGGUGGCAUGCACCUUAUUCUUAUUGUGAGCUAACUCUACCUUUUAAGAUUGAGGGAAAGAUAAGCACUUCACUACUGUCCCCUAAUACACUCUAUACUGCCUACCUUUGGUUUGAUUUCACGUGUUCGAAUUACUUUAGCGGAUUUGGGGAAGAAGAACCAUUAGAAACUUUUGUUGGGAUUGAUGGGGGUUGCGAAAGCGAAAGAAGGAUUGUCUACAUACCGUUCAUGCCUAGCCAGUAUGAGAGACGUACGGGGAUUUUAAGAAGCAGGCGACCUGAUAUGUCUGUAUUAAGUGGCCCUCAGUAUCCAAUAAAGAGAGGUGAAGCAUGGUAUGAACUUGAGUUGGGCGACUACUUCAACAAGGAUGGUGGGGGUGACAACAGGGAACUGAAGAUGUGCUUAAGUGAAGUCAAAACUGGGGAUGAGAAAGGUGGCAUCUGUCUUCUUGGAAUCGCAAUCAGACCAAAGAAUACUCGCUAUGUAGUUUGGUAGUAUUUUGUGUUAUGAAUAAUGUGAAUUUCAUGAUCAGACAAGUUGUAAUUUGAUACAUUUUGCAAUUUGUUAUGAAUAAUGGGAAUUUCAAGAUUAGACCCAAGAAUUGUCAGAAAAAUAAGUCACAGUCCGGUAGUUUUUUUGUACUUAAUUUGUUAUGAAUGAUGUGAUUUCUGUGUAA